UCAUUUAAAAAUUUUGCUGAUGUAAACACCAGUCGGGCAGCCAGUGUUUUCUUAAAAUUUUUCCAUUAAAAUGAAACAAGAAUCGAUAAAUACGUCAUUGAUACUCGAGAAUCUGAAUCCCACAUUUUGGAAAAAAGGGAGAUUGGAGACUUUCGGGCAUUGGCCCUAUAAGUCGGAAAGUCAUCGAUGCACUCCAGAGAAUAUGGCAUCGGCUGGAUUUUUUGCUGUUGGUGAAAAGGAUGAACCUGACUUGGUCGAAUGUUUCAUAUGCAGUAAGCAGCUAGAUGGAUGGGAGCCCGACGAUGAUCCAUGGCAAGAGCAUAAGAAGCAUCAGCCAAAUUGCCUGUAUAUAAAACUAAACAAAUCAGACGAAGGAUCUCUAACCAUAAAGGAGUUAUUUCAAUUAAUGCAACAUUACUAUGCGCGCAAUAAAAAUCUUGAGUUUGAGAAGCUCAUAGGGACGUUGAAAGAAGAAUGGAAGACGUCGGCGAGCGAAAUCCCCCACAUUUACGAAGAGAUGAAGAGCAGACAAAAGAGCAUAGACUAGUUAUACAAGUAAUUAUAAUAUCCGAUACAUAAAAUAAUUAUGUCAAUAUUUUUAUACGCUUUAAUAAAA